UGUGCGGAACGUGCGUCACAUUGAAGUGAAAUAUGGCGUCGGACAACGUGAAAGAUUUAACUGGAAGAGAUCAGGGUCCUGAGGAGAUUGAAGGUCUCCAAAUCAUGGAUGACCCUGAAGAAGAGGAAGAAGAAGAAGAAGAGGAAGAGGAGGAAGAAUUAGUGGACCCCAUUGAGGAAACAAAAGAGAAAUGCAGUGAAGGCUGUGUUGACAUAAAGAAGAAAUUAGACGAUUGCACUGACAUGGUCAAUGAAAACAGAGGGAGACCUGGAGAGAACUGUGCUGAUGAAUUAUAUGCUUACAUUCACUGUGUAGAUGCAUGCGUAUCAAGAGUCUUACUAAAGAAACUGAAAUGAUGAGUGGAGCACUUAGGAAGAACAAUUAUUGUUAUAAAUUUGUGUCAAGGAUAAUAUGCACGUUUACCAAAGUAGGAAGAAUUUUCUUUGUGGUGUCACAGUGUGGUCAGUAAAUCGGAGAAGAACUGUUGACACUCCUUCUGGAAAGUUUGGAAUGGUAGAUUCUGUCUAGCUACCUCAUAUGCUAAUAGACAAAAGAUGGAGAUGUUACUGGAAUGCUGUCUUUCACUGGAGAAUCACAAUUAAUAGAUAUUGAUAAAAACUAAAGACUUUGAUAGUUAAUGGCAUCAAUAACUCUGUUGGUUAUUGCAAAAGAGCGCCCAAGGACUGACAACAGUUUUUCUAAAGACCUUUGUAUGGAAGGUUAUGUGACAAGUUGAUUGAUUAUUAAUUUAAUGAGUUUACACAGUAACACUUCCUCUGGUUCCUUUUUAAGAGUUUGGUGGUCCAUAAUAAUAAAACUGUUUAAAUUUACUCUA